AAUCGGGAGUUGAAAACGAUUAUUUCACCGGCCUCCUCUCGUUGUCCGUCGCUCUCCGAUCUCUUCUCUGUCGUCUUCCUCUCCGUCUGUCACUGCGUAUAUAUAUAUCUCUCUCUCCUCAUACUUUCGUUUACUAAGCUUUGUAAUUUUCCCUAUGGAGUCGCUUUCCUCAGUGAUCGGACCGAGAACAGUGCUGCCGCCCGCCAGGAAAGCUCACUGCCGCCACAAUCAUCUGUUUUCCACUCCGUUGCGGCGGAGCUCGGCGGCGAGCCGGAGACUGAGCGCCGUUCGAGUAAAGGCGGCUGAGAGUGCGAAAAGCAGCAUUGACUUUAGUGAUCCUGAUUGGAAGUUGAAGUACCAGAAGGAGUUCGAGUCUCGGUUCAAUAUCCCUCACAUCACCGAUGUCUUCCCCGACGCCGUUUCGUAUCCCUCCACUUUUUGCCUCAAAAUGAGGACGCCUGUAAGUGAAGAAUUUGCACAAGGGUACCCCUCGGAUGAAAAGUGGAAGGGAUACAUCAAUAAUGAUGACAGAGUGCUUCUUAAGACAAUCUAUUAUUCCUCUCCAACAUCAGCUGGUGCUGAGUGCAUUGAUCCUAGCUGUACGUGGGUGGAACAAUGGGUCCACCGUGCUGGUCCUCGUGAGAAAAUAUACUACAAACCUGAAGAGGUGAAAGCAGCAAUUGUAACUUGUGGCGGGCUUUGCCCUGGUCUCAAUGAUGUCAUCAGACAUAUAGUCAUUACACUUGAGAUAUACGGUGUGAAGAAGAUUGUAGGAAUUCCCUUUGGAUAUCGUGGCUUUUCUGAUGAAGAUCUUGCUGAAAUGCCUCUAUCUAGGAAAGUGGUUCAAAACAUUCAUCUUUCUGGGGGAAGCUUGUUAGGAGUCUCACGUGGAGGACCUACAGUCACUGACAUUGUGGACAGUAUUGAGCAAAGAGGAAUCAAUAUGCUCUUUGUGCUAGGUGGAAAUGGCACACAUGCUGGCGCUAAUGCUAUCCAUGAUGAGUGUCUUAAGAGGCGUCUAAAGGUGGCUGUGGUUGGUGUGCCGAAAACCAUAGACAAUGAUAUUCUGCUCAUGGAUAAAACUUUUGGUUUUGAUACCGCAGUGGAAGAAGCACAGAGAGCAAUUAAUUCUGCUUACAUUGAGGCUCAUAGUGCUUAUCAUGGUAUUGGGGUUGUGAAAUUGAUGGGCCGUAGCAGUGGGUAUAUAGCAAUGCACGCAUCACUAGCUAGUGGCCAAAUUGAUAUAUGCUUGAUUCCAGAGGUACCUUUUAAUCUGCAUGGACCUCAUGGUGUACUCAGACAUCUAAAGUAUCUUCUUGAGACGAAGGGUUCAGCUGUGCUCUGUGUUGCAGAGGGAGCUGGGCAGAGUUUCCUUCAGAAAACAAAUGCCACAGAUGCAUCUGGAAAUGCUGUGCUUGGAGACAUAGGUGUUCAUAUACAACAAGAGGUAAAGAAGUAUUUCAAGGAGAUUGGAGUCCCGGCUGAUGUGAAAUACAUCGAUCCUACAUACAUGAUCCGUGCAUGUCGUGCAAAUGCAUCAGAUGGAAUUCUCUGCACCGUUCUUGGUCAAAAUGCUGUUCACGGGGCAUUUGCUGGAUACAGCGGCAUCACGGUGGGAAUAUGCAACACUCACUAUGUCUACUUCCCGAUCCCAGAAGUAAUUUCUCAAGCAAGAUGCGUCGACCCCAACAGCCGCAUGUGGCACCGUUGCCUAACGUCCACAGGCCAGCCCGAUUUCAUUUAAUUUACUCUGCAAUUCGAUUUAUAGUUCAGAAACCUUAAGUCGUUUCCCCAUACUGUAAAUUUGACCGUGUCGGAUCGUCCCUGUCCCUGUUGUUUAAGAAAUAACAGCAAACAGGUAGCUAGGAAUGCCAUUUUUUUUUCCUGUCAGCAGUGAAUACUGAGAGGGUCUGAACAAUUGUCUUAAUUUUUUCGAAGAUAACAUACAUGUGGGAAUGCAUUGGUUGGUUCAUUGUUGUAUGAGUACUCCGUAUUCUAUUUAUGAAUAAAUGCAAGUUUUGUACUAUGUUA